AUGGAAGGCAGCCAGCACCAACCGCCGGCCGCUCCCCCUCUGAUCUGCGAUCUGCCCAGCACCGACACCAGCACCGACACCAGCAUUGACACCAGCACCGACACCAUGGAUUCUGCCGCGAACGAGACAUCUACAGCUGCCAGCGAACAGCCGUACCAAUAUCAUGUCUACUCGGAGCAAUUCAAGGCCGCGCUAUCGGAAUCGAGACUGCCGAGUCUGAGGAUUGCGGAGGAUGGCUUGGACUUGAACCAGCUGCUCCUCCUCAACCCCGACAUUGCCUUGGCCGAAAUCGAGUUUCUCAAGAAAGCAUACGACAGCCUCUCGCUCGUCUCGACCGAACUGAACAAGAAGAAGCGAUUUCUUGAGUCUGUGAUCCCAAGCUCUUACCGACCACCCAACAGUGACGACCUGGCGAGGCUGGAGCAAGAUAUCGAGCAAGAAAAGGCCGAUCUGGCCCAGCUCCAGGAGCUCUACGAGCAGCGGGUCAAGGACAUCGAAGGGGUUCUCGAGUCCAUUCAGCAAGAGUCCGAGAGGCUCCAAACUAUGGAAGGCAAUGCAGAGCAUCUCGCGUCCCAGUCGGAGAGUCUGAAACAUGAACAUGCCAUGCUUCUAUCGGAAGUAUCACAGAUGGCGAAGGAUACGCCCCAGGACCUUCUUCAAGAGCUGGCAGAACAGGAAAUCGAGCUCGAGAGCCUUCGCCACCAGCUGCAGCAGCAGCACUAUGAACUGGAUCAAAUCAACGAGCAAAACCAAGACAUCGAUAAGGAGGUUGCUGAGCUCAAACGGUCCAAGAUUCACACCCUGCAGACACUGCACGAGCUUGAUGUGAUGACCGAAUACCGCGACAAGAGAAUCAAUUCUACAGGCAAAUGGUUCAUUUCCAUGGCUGCUUUCCUGCAGGAGAUGAACGGCGUGAGCCAUAUCACAUAUCUCUCGGAAACGCGGUUGAGGAUUGCAUAUGCGCCGUUUGCCCCUGGUGAAAGCGACAUUGUGCUGGAGCUGAUCCUGAAUCCCGAUGGCUCGAGGGGCUCGCUGCUGACCCUUAAUGCCAAGCUCGUCGGCUUGGAUUGUCCCAUCGAGGAUAUUAUCACAUACGCCAAUCUUAAGCUGCCGAAUCUCAGUGCCAUGCUGCCGUUUGUGACCCGUCAAGCCUACAACCGAGCACAAAAAUACUACAGCCUCCAGAGCGAGCUCAGCGAUCUCAUUCAGGAUCAGGCCGAAUAUCGUGUGGCAAUCGAGUAUCACGCCGAGCAGCGCGAAAUCGAGAUCAUGGCCGAAAGUGGCUUGACAUAUUUGCUCCGGGUCGAGCCUGAGUACCCAUCACAGUUCUGCCUGCGGCUCACCGAGAUCAUGAACGGCAGUGACGCCGACCUGGUCCACUACAAGACCAAGAUGAGGCAGAUGAAUGUGCAGACGAUCAAGGAGUUUCUGCACAUUAUCGACUGA